ACUUCAUCAAAACAGCCAAAUGAGAGCUACCCAUCACCUUCCAAAACCCACACCCCCACGACUUUUUCAGUUGGCCUUUUUCUCUUCCCCUCGUAGAUUCUCUAGUACCUUUCAUUGCAUUCAAUUUGAAUAUAUUGAAAUAUAGAUACAUAUACACCAUCUCUCUCUCUCUCUCUCUCUCCCUCUCCCUCUCUCUACUUCAUCUAUAAUAACAACCUCUCUCCUCCUCCAUUAACAUAACAACCAUAAAUCAAAGCUCAUCAUCUCUCCCUUGCUUCCCAAUUGUUGUUUAUGUCUUUCUCUGCUUUAAGAUCAAUGGAGCAAUAUUCUCAGUAUUUGAUGUGGAUGAAUAAGAGCAAACGCAUCCUUAAUGUGCAUUUUCAAGAUCAAUUCAACAGUUCUUGGGAAGAACAAGCAUUCAUGGAUGACGCCGUGGGGCCUCUAGGGGGAUUUGCAUGGCCUCCAAGGUCUUAUUCUUGCAGCUUUUGCAAAAGAGAAUUCAGGUCUGCUCAAGCCCUAGGAGGUCACAUGAAUGUUCAUAGGAGGGAUAGAGCUAGGCUUAAGCAGCAAUCUCUCACUCCACAAAAUGAAGUUCUUCAUCAUCCUCAAAAUUGUAAAUCAUUGGAUAUUGCUUCAUACCCAUCUCAGGUUUGCUUCACAGAUUCCAAUAAUACUAACCCUAGUUCUGUUUCACCUUCUAGGGUUUCAGUUUCAGCCAUGUCCAACCAAGAGAAUUUUAGUGAACAUACCUAUAUGUCUCCUUUUUGUUCUGCAACUGUUUCCGAAGACCGGCUUGGUCGCCGUUUUAAUGAUUCGGAUUCAAAAACCGCGUUCGGAAAGAAUGCAAGGAAAGAAGAUUUUACGAUUCUUAAUGAUUCGGAUUCAAAACCAGUGUAUGGAAAGGAUGAAAAGAGAGAAGAUUUUGUGUUUCUAGGUCAUGAUGAUUGUGUUGAAACCAGUUUGUCAAUGGGGUUGAAUUUGAAUGUUUUUGAAAAUCAACCAUCUGGGUUUGGUGGUGAUCAUCAUGAGGUGAUGACUUGUAAGAGACAUAAGACCAGGGGGUCAUUGGAGGAUUUGGAUCUUGAGCUCAGGCUUGGUGAUCCACCAAAGGUGAAGUAAAGCUCUUGGAUGACAACAUUAUUGGUAGACAUCUUAGGGGAGAAAAAAAAAAAAAUUAUUUUACUGUUCUUUAAUUUCUUUCUUGUCCUUUUGAUCUUACUAAAAGCUGACAUAGUAUUGUUUUUUUUUGAUACAUUUUGGGUUUGUUUAAUGCAUCAUGAAAAACAUGGUAAUAGUUGGGUUUUAUUACUGUCUUCCUCUUUGGCUUGUGACUUGUUUUUUUUUUUGAUCGGCAAAUAAAUCUUUAUUGAUGAAACAUACAGUAUGUUUUUUUUUAUUG